AUGAGAACAGUAAUACAAAGGGUUCCGGAGAUCAUGCGACAAUUAGGAGUGUACUUUAAGCCAAGGGAGUUGUCAAUAGGUCCUAUUUAUGCCACUGAUCCGAAUUUGUUCAAUGAAGAACUCAAGAUUAAGUUGGCUGCACAUUUCAUUAAAAGAAGCGGUAGAACAAAGGAUAAUUUACUCCGAGAAAUCAAGGAAAAGACCGAUGAAAUAAAGAAGUACUUCCAUGAGGAGGUAAUUGUGUCGUAUACUGAUCUAGAAUUGAUAAUAUUGGUGUUCUUGGAUGGGUGUGCAAUGCUAGGGUUCAUAGACGCCUAUGUGAAUCAAAAGUUAAACAUGUUUGAAAUUAGUAAUGAUCAAGCAGCAUUGAUCCAGCAGGAUCUGUUCUUGCUAGAGAACCAAAUACCCUUUAUAGUCCUUGAGAAGUUGAUGGGCUUCGAAACAGAAUUGGGAAAUGUAGAUUUGGUACCCGAUUUUUGCAGAUUUAUUGCUCUUAUGGGUAAUAAUCUAGGGGAAUUUACAAAAUUCCUAGUUUUGGAUUCGGUUCACAAACAUCCAUUACACAUUCUUGACCUUCUACGAGAAGUACUAUUACUUGAUAACCCUAACGUUUUUCAUCAGAAUGAGUGCAUUCCAACUAAUCUCAUUCGUCGUCUUUGCUCGCUUUUAUGUCAUUGUGCUUGUCGAGCAGUGGCAUUUAUUAGUCGGAUCUUGAAGCGGUUCAAUAAAUCAGAGAGUCUCCCUCAAUAUUGGAGCAUGAUUACACAGUACUCCUUUCCUAAUGUUCAGGAACUUAAAAAAGCAGGGAUAGAGUUCAAGCCAAGUGAUUCUUUAACAACUAUAUCUUUCCGUUCUUCAUUCUUUACCACAGCUCAACUUAAGCUUCCCAGAUUGGUUGUAGACAAUUUGACGGUGAAAAUGUUGUUCAACUUGGCCGCCUAUGAGAUGUGCUUGUCCGAAUUUCAUCCAAAUCAAAAACCAUGGUUUAUGUCUUACAUAAACUUGCUAGAUUUGCUUGUUGACGAUGAACAUGACGUCAAGGACUUAAAAGCAGCGGACAUUCUUCCGAAAUUGCACAUUAGCGAUGCUGAAGUCGCUAAUUUGAUCAACGGCAUGGGCUCUGAAUUUUUACCGCCAGACAAAGACACUUAUGCACAUGUCAAGAAAAAAAUAGAAAAGCAUUGCAGGAGUAGGAGCCGAAGAAGGUGUGCGCUCUGGAUUGCUCAGGUCUACAAUACUCAUUUUAGAAGCCCAUGGACUAUUCUGGCUCUGUUUGCUGCUAUGGUGGUCCUUGCAUUAACAUUUGUUCAAACUUGGUAUUCAGUCAAUCCAAAAAAUUGAAAGGACGGAACAAAGUGCGGAAUAUACUCCGCCGGAGAGAUGUACGUGUUCGGCCUAGCAUCUCAUGAAUGUGAAUUAUGCAAGGAAUCCGUAAAAGAUCAGCCUAUAGCAUCCGCACGCUCAAUUUCACAUUUAUCACAACCUGUUGGUACACUGAUUUGCUUGCUUCAAAGAUACUAAUUUUUCAUAACUUUUACAUGCGGGUCUCCAUAUAAGAGUGACUUGAGUCCUUAAUGUUCUAGUGGAUUUGUAGAAGGAGACCAACUUCAUGUUUUAUAUAAUAGGACAUGACCAAGUACUUUUUUUUUUCUUUUUUUUUUUGGGGGGGAGAUAGCCCAUGCCUUUCUCCCUAUGACUCCCGGGACCUUUGGUUCCCUUACACGACCAAUACUU